AUGGUAGAAAUGCUGAAUCAGCAGAUCGAUACGAUGGAUUUUAAGCAGCGAAUGAAUAAAGCUCUUCGUUUGUUGUUCACUCGAAAUUUUUUAGUAGAUUGCAGUUGGAGAGGUGGCGGGAAACCUGGUCCCAAAAUACGAAUGUCAUCCAACCAGCAUAUUUUACGGCUGUUCAAAGUUGUGCGCCAUAAAGGUUCUGAGCAUGAACCGUUUAACUAUCCAAAAGUCAGUUGCAAAGAAGAGCUGGAAGCUUUAGAAAAACAUCUCUCCACAGAUGAUAAUCAUCAAAAGAUGAUAGAAAUGCUGAACCAGCAGAUCGAUACGAUGAAUUAUAAGCAGCGAUUGCAUAAUGCGCUUUUUUUGUUGUUCACUCGUAAGUUUCUAAUAGAAUGCAGUUGGAGUGGUUGCGGGAAACCUGUUCGGAAAAUACCUUUUUCACAUUACCACAACAUUUUACGGCUGUUCAAAGAUCCAUUGGACAUAUCCUCCGAAGUGCUACGGGAGUUGCAAAAACAAACUUGUGUAAUACAAGAAAGCAGUAGCACUCUGGAACUAUUAAUCAAAGAGGAAAAGUGCGAAUGGAGUGAUAGUCCUGAAAAUCAAUUCACAGAUGCAUUAAAGAUCAACACGUUGUCAGUGAAUAGCAACUUAUUGAACAAAUUGAAAUUAUUUUUAGAUCCAGGAACAACGAACGAAAAUGCUGCGAUGAAAGCUGAUACACGGAUCACAAAGAAAACAAAUAUGAAAAGUACAAAUCCUCAUCCAAUGACGGUGAUUGAAAAAUUAGAAGAAAUGGUGAAUACAAACACGAACCAAAUAUGGAAACUAACGAAAGCGAUAGUUUCAUUAGAAGAACAAGUGAAAAGGAUGACAAACAAGUUGUUUCCGCCACAGCAAAACACACAAUUUUUGGAGAAUUUCGGCAUUUCAACAGAGUUAUUUUCUCAGCGUAAGCCAUUUGCAUAUCCAAAAGUUAGUUGCAGAGAAGAACUGAAUGCUUUGGAAAGCCAUCUCUCCACGGCAGAAGAUUUUCUAAAGAUGAUACAAAUGUUGAACGAGGAGAUUGAAGGAACGGAUUUCAAGCAGCGAAUGCAUGAGGCGCUCUUUUUGCUGUUCAAGCGGAAGUUUUUAGUAGAAUGCAAUUGGCUAGGUGGUGGUAAAAAUGGCCCGAAAAUACCUAUGGCACGAUAUGAAAAUAUUAUACGGCUAUUCAAAGUAAUAGCAGAAAACGGGAGUAAUACUAUACCAUAUUCAGUGGUACAAUAUUUUUUUAAACGUAAACUUGCUAACGCGAAAAAAGGUGCAGUUUACGGCGGGAACAGAAAAUCUAAAUGUCGUCUUAGAAUUAAGCAAGUCUAACAAUACUAUAAUAUCGUUUUUAUAUUUUCUAACGUACGUCGCAUGUAUUUUUGGUAUUCAAAAAAUAUAAUAAAUAGAGUUGGUAUGUGGUCU